AUGCCUGGACGUUCAUUUCAAAGGACUAAAGUUAUUGGGAAUUUUAAAGGAAUAAAGGAAUUAAUUGAAGCUAGCCAAUAUGUUGAUGCUGGUGUUAUUGAAGUAACUGCCGCAUUGAAGGAUGUCCCAGACGGGGUUAAUCAAUAUUAUGAGUCACAAGAGCGAAAAUUUGGUUGUUUACCAUGGCGCCUCCAACUUCAGAAAGGGUUUGAUUUGGCACGUGAUCGAUUAGACAGAGAUGUAGGACAAGUUUCUCAUUUUAUCAAGGUCACAUUGCGUUGCGAUUAUACCGAGCAAAGUAAUUGGAUUGCAAAGGCAUCUGGUGUUUUGUCAAUGGAAAAAUGGCCUGAGAAGAUGAAAGGAAAAUCCGAGGCUGAGCGAAAACCUGAACACAAAGAGGUUUAA